UGGGCCCGCCCCCGCCGCCAUCUUGGCCUCGGAGGGAGCGGGCUGCACGCGUGAGUAAACAGUCCCGGCCGGGAAAGUAGAGCUCUGGCUGCAUCCGGGUGCUGCGAGGCGGCGGCGGAGAGGACGCAGUUCUGAUCUUCAUACGUGCGGGGUGGCCGACAUGACGGCCCCGGGUCAGAGCCCCCUCGCGCCGCUCUUGGAGACUUUGGAAGACCCUUCCGCCUCCAAUGAGGAGCAGACCGACGCUUACCUUACUCUAACCAGCCGUAUUACUGGAGAAGAUGGAAAAGAAGUCAUUGCAGAAAUUGAGAAAAAACUUCAUCAGCUAAAUAACGUUUUAAAGACCCACAUUUCCAGUCAAAACUCAGAGCUCAGUUGUGCUGCUCUACAAGCAUUGGGGUUUUGCUUGUAUAAUCCCAAAAUUGCUACAGGAUUAUCAGAGACAAACAUUCGAGGACUGCUUUCAAAAUUGAGUGAUAUUGUUAAGAGUUCAGACAAAAAUGUACGUACCAGGGCACUUUGGGUGAUAUCCAAGCAGACAUUUCCCACUGAAGUUGUUGGCAAAGCAGUAUCCAAUAUAAUUGAUUCAUUAGAAGUAAUAUUUAAUAAAGGAGAGAUGCGUUCUGCUGUUGUUGAUUAUGAAGCAUUAAAUGUUAUCAUAAGGUUAAUUGAACAAGCCCCAGUUCAAAUGGGAGAAGAGUCAAUUAGGUGGGCAAAACUGGUCAUACCUUUAGUGGUUCAUUCAGCCCAAAAGGUACAUUUGCGGGGAGCUACUGCUCUAGAGAUGGGAAUGCCGUUGUUGCUUCAGAAACAACAAGAAAUAGCACCUAUCACGGAGCAGCUUAUGACUACUAAAUUACUUUCAGAACUCCAAAAGCUAUUUAUGAGUAAAAAUGAGACUUACGUUUUAAAAUUAUGGCCUUUGUUUGUCAAACUUCUUGGGAAGACCUUGCAUCGAAGUGGGAGUUUCAUUAAUUCUCUAUUACAGCUGGAAGAACUGGGAUUUCGUAGUGGAGCACCCAUAAUUAAAAAAAUAGCUUUUAUUGCUUGGAAGAGUUUAAUAGAUAAUUUUGCUUUAAAUCCUGAAAUACUAUGUAGUGCGAAAAGACUGAAAUUGUUAAUGCAACCGUUGAGUUCCAUCCAUGUAAGAACAGAAGCUCUAGCGCUAACAAAACUAGAAGUCUGGUGGUAUUUAUUAAUGAGACUUGGACCUCAUCUGCCUGCUAAUUUUGAACAGGUUUGUGUGCCUCUAAUUCAAAGCACAAUAAACAUUGAUUGUAAUACUUCACUUCAAGGCAGUUCAUCUCGUAUAGCUAUUUCUCCAGGCUUAAGUCCUAUGACCCCUAUAAACAAAGGUUCUUCCCCAUAUGGAGCCUCUGUAACUACCCGGAUGAACUUGAGUUCGAAUUUUAGUGGAAUGGCCACAAUCCCCUCAAUUCAACUCUUAGGACUUGAAAUGUUACUUCAUUUUUUGUUGGGUCCAGAAGUUUUGAAUUUUGCUAAGCAAAACAAACUUGUAUUGAACUUAGAGCCACUUGAACAUCCGUUAAUCAGCAGCUCUUCUUUUUUUUCCAAAUAUGCAAAUACACUUAUCAGUGCUGUUCAUGAUAGCUUUGUUGCAGUUGGAAAAGAUGCUUCUGAUGCAGUUGUCAGUGCUAUUUGGAAGGAACUAAUUAGCUUGGUGAAGUCAGUUGUUGAAUCAGGUAACAAAAAAGAGAGACCGGGUUCUGAAGUUUUGACUCUUUUAUUAAAAUCUUUGGAAGCCAUAGUGAAAUCAGAAGUAUUUCCUGUAUCGAAAACACUGGUCCUCAUGGAAAUUACAGUUAAAGGACUUCCUCAGAAAGUAUUAGGUUCACCAGCAUAUCAGGUUGCUAAUAUGGAUAUUCUGAAUGGAACUCCUGCUUUGUUCCUAAUUCAAUUAAUUUUCAACAGUAAUUUCUUGGAAUAUGGUAUAGAAGAUGAGAGGUUUUUUCUUAAUCUGGAGACACUUGUAGGUUGUGUUCUUUCUGGUCCAACUUCACCACUAGCUUUCAGUGACUCUGUUUUAAAUGUUAUUAAUCAAAAUGCAAAGCAGUUGGAAAACAAGGAGCAUCUCUGGAGAAUGUGGAGUAUUAUAGUCACACCAUUAACUGAAUUGAUUAAUCAGACCAAUGAAGUGAAUCAAGGUGAUGCCUUAGAACAUAAUUUUAGUGCCAUCUAUGGUGCAUUGACUUUACCAAUAAACCAUAUUUUUUCCGUACAGAAAUUCCCAAUGGCCACCAUGAAGACCUUACUUAGAACUUGGUCAGAAUUAUAUAGAUCAUUUGCCCGCUGUGCUGCUUUGGUGGCAACUGCAGAAGAGAAUUUGUGCUGUGAGGAGCUUUCGUCUAAGAUAAUGUCCAGUUUGGAAGAUGAAGGCUUUUCAAAUUUGUUGUUCUUGGAUAGGAUCGUUCAUACUAUUACUGUAAUGGUUGACUGCAUCGACUUCUCACCAUAUAAUAUUAAAUAUCAGACCAAAGUUAAAUCACCGAAGAGACCUUCAGAUUGGUCCAAAAAGAAGAAAGAGCCCUUAGGGAAAUUGGCUUCUUUAUUUAAACUUAUUGUGAGAGUCAUCUAUUCUUUCCACACUCUGAGCCUCAAGGAAGCACAUUCUGAUACUCUCCUCACUGUGGGCAACGCCAUCCUCAGCAUUCUUUCCAGUGUGCUCGGACAUAUUUCUUUGCCUUUUAUGAUUCGAAAAAUAUUUGCAACUUUAACAAGCCCUCUGGCAUUAUUUUACAAAAACUCAAAGCUUGGUGAAGUUCCUAAAGUGUAUAGUUGUAUGAACAACAAGUUAGAAAAGCUUCUAGGAGAAAUUAUUGCAUGUCUACACUUCAGCUACACUGGAACUUACGACAGUGAACUUCUUGAACAGAUCUCCCCAUUAUUAUGCAUAAUAUUUUUGCACAAGAAUAAACAGAUUCGAAAGCAGACUGCUCAGUUCUGGAAUGCUACAUUUGCUAAAGUGGCGAUGUUGGUUUAUCCUGAAGAGUUAAAACCAAUACUAAGGCAAGCCAAACAAAAAUUUCUGCUCCUGUUGCCUGGUUUGGAAAAUAUUGAAAUUAUGGAGGAAUCCAGUGGACCGUAUGCAGAUUCAACAGAAAAUUCACAAUUAAAUAUGAAGAUAAGUGGCAUGGAAAGAAAAUCAAGUGGAAAAAGAGAUUCCUUUUUGGCACAACCGAAGGAUACAAAAGAAUAUAUGAAACCAGCAGCCAAAAUGAAACUAGACUCUUCAUCUCCAAAAGCAAAGAAUGAAAUGCCUUUGGAAGAAGAAAAUUCUACUGACUUUGUCUUUAUACCUCCAGAAAGAAAAGAAGCAAAGGAAAGAGUACUAACUGAACACCAGAAAGAAGUACUCAAAACAAAAAGGUGCGAUAUUCCUGCCAUGUAUAACAAUCUGGAUGUUUCACAAGAUACUUUAUUUUCUCAGUACAGUCAGGAAGAGUCUAUGGAAAUUCCUAGUUUAACUGAAAAAUCAGAGGAAGAUUCCAAGAUGAUAUUUAAGGUGGAACAAAUGAAGAGUGACACUGCCAUUCCUCAAGAUGUCACGGAUAACUGUGGUACGGAUGAACAUCUUCAGAAAGCUUCCCUUUCAAAUGUUGUGUGUGGUUCUGUUGAAACCAGUCCAGAAAUACCGGGCAGUAAUAACGAUGCCAGAGAAAAAUCUUUAAUUUCAUCAAAGAAAAUGUCGACUGAAUAUACAGAAAGCACUUCAGGUGUCAGUAGUAGCUCACUGUCUAAUGCCACCAUUUCUGGAACCCCCCCACAGCCUACGAGUCGAAGGCAAACCUUUAUUACUUUGGAGAAGUUUGAUGGUUCAGAAAAUAGACCUUUUAGUCCGUCCCCCUUGGAUAAUAUGUCAUCAGCUGUUACAGUGAAAAAUAAUCAAGAAGGCAUGACUAAAACGGACACUCCACUGAAAGCAAAGAAAAGAGAAGUGGCUCCUUCAAAAUCUGACUCUGAAAAACUAGUGCAUGGAAAUAAGCGAUCAGGCCUAAGGUCCAGUAAAGCUGAACAACCAGGGAAUAAAAGGUCUAAGCCCUUAAUGAGAUCUGAUCAGGAGAAAAGCACUCAGGAAUCUAUUGAUAGCAUGGUAGCCUUAGAAAAUAAUCCCCCUCGUUUGCUUAAUCAAACAGAAUGUGCGUUAGAUAAUCAGGCUCAUCUCUUGGAACCUACAGUGGAGUAUGAGGACACAGUGCUUAAACCAACAAUUGAAAAUACUAUAUUAUUAGAAAAUAAUACUGUAGAAGAGAAAACCAUAGGAAGUAAUUUGGAAUCCAAAGAAAAUACACCCCCAGCCAUAAUACCAGCAGACCAAAUGAUAAAUGAGGAUAGUCAGAUUCAGAUAACUCCAAAUCAGAAAACCCUUAGACGAUCUUUAAGGCGACGUUCAGAAAUAGCAGAGCCUACUACUGAGAGCCAAGAUAAAGAAAAUAAUCAUCAAAAAAAGGAAAGACGUAAGGAAGAAGAAAAGACUCUUCAGAAGAGUCCAUUGCAUGUAAAAGAUGAUGUGUUACCUAAGCAAAAACUGACUUCAGAGCAAACUGUACAGGAAACUUUAAUUGAGAAAGAUACUUUACAUGAGAAGACUUUGGGGGAAACCAGCACUAAUGCUGAAAUUGACCAAAAUAGAAGAAAGCCAGACCUUGAAAAUAUUAAAUCUGAGGGAGACAGUGCCCAGGACAUUGCAGAUAAGUCCUCCGAGAAACCAGUAAGGGGACGAACACGGUACCAAACAAGAAGAGCAUCCCAGGGUUUACUUUCCAGCAUUGAAAACUCAGAAUCUGAUAGUUCUGAGGUAAAAGAAGAAGGUUCGAGAAAGAAGAGAUCUGGAAAAUGGAAAAACAAAAACAGCGACAUUGUUGACACUGAAGAUCGAGAAGAGAAAAGGGUAAAACAGGAUUGUGUAAAACCUGAAAAUCAGACACAUGAUUAUAAAGCAAAUUCUGAAGUGGACAUAAAUACAAAAUCUCAGAUUUAUGAAAAUGAUGAAAGUAAUACUGUAACUCUUCGAGAUGCUACAGUGUCUUCAGAUUUAUUACAAGUUUCUGAUGAUGUAUCAAAUGCUUAUGAGGGAAAAAGUAAAACUAACAAAUGUGCAGAACAUUCCUUUUCAAAUUCUCCUGUAUCAGAAUUAAAUCUAAGGACUAGAAAUGCCAAUAAGAGAUUACAUAAGCGAGAUUCUACAGAAAACCACAGUGUGGGAGAAUGCUCACAAGUAGAGACAUCAGACAUUUCUUUGCUUUCUGAAAAAGCUUCCCCAAACCCUGAAUGCCAGCAUAAGAGAAGCAGGAGGGUGAGGAGAUCUAAAGGCUGUGAUUGCUGUGGAGAAAAACCACAACCUCAGGAAAAGCCAUCCACUGAGUUAAUGAAUACAGAAUAUUACGAUGUAAAGGUCACUGAAGCAAAAAUGAGAGAUGUGCAAACACCUGUAACUAUAUCAGAAACUUCUAAAACUAAUCUGUACUCUGAGGUUAAACUUCUAAGUGAACAUCACAGUGUGAAUUUUCAUUUGGGUCUCAAGGAGGAGAAUGAUACUAAUGAUUCAUUCAUUGUAUCUGAAACUGAGUUGAAAGAAAAUACUCAAAACUCUCUUGCUUCUGAAAUAGUAAAUUUUAAGGAAGAAACUUUUGAUAGAGAUUCUGAGGAAGGAAUGUCUAUUAAAAGCCAAGAGCCAGCCAAUAAAAAAUGUAGAACUGUUGGCCCAUGUUUAGAUGAUUCCAAAGACAUUUCACUGGAAUGUUCUACUUUGGAGACCAAAGAAGAAAAGUCAGAGGCUGUCCCAAUGGAGGAAGUAAUUACAGAAAACAUUGUUAAUGUUGAAGCAGAUGAAUGUAAAGUAAAAGAUUGCACUCCAGAAGUGGAAGCUAUGAAAUUGGAUGUAGAACAUGUUAAAUGUGAAGCUAGCUUCUCUGAACAAGAGAGUGCCAAAACUAGCAUUUUUGAGGAAGCGGUAACAGAGGAAAACAGUGCAAGAAGUGAUGAAUCUGAAGCAGAUAAGGCUGAAGUACUGAAUGCCGAAGAAGCAAUAACUGAGGAAUUUAGUUUAGCUAUUGGUCAGGCUGACAGUACCACGCCUGUAAAAGUAAGAGCUCAGAAUGAAAUUUCAGUUGCGGGACCACAUGGAGGAAAUGAUGCAUCUGAUGCAGGCUCAUCUGAAAUGAAUGCAGAAAUGGAAAAUUGUGAAGAAAGAGUGAUUGGUGAGGUGAAUGCUGACAUUGACCAUGUCAGUGAAAUAGAGGGUGGGGACUUGACCACCGAAGCAUGUAAGCCUGAGGAAGCCCAAACAAACAGAACGAAUACAGCAGUCGACAACUUUGCUCCUGACACACUUGAAAUGAGCACUGAAGAAGGAAAGGUUAAAUCUAAUAAAGCUGAAACAAGCAUUGUACUUAGUAAACCUGAAGAAGCAAAAUUAGAUGACAAUCAAAUGAAAAUGGGAAAUUAUGGUGAAAUUUUACAGGAAGUUCAUCGUACGUCAGAGAAAGUGGAGGAAGCAUCACAAUCUCUGACAUCUGAAAUUGCUGUCUCGGAACUGAUAGCAGAAGACAAUAAUACAUCUCCUCAAAAACUCAGUGAAUUCAAUCCUUUGCUUUUGUCAGCAAAUGACAGUCCUAGUGGCAUGCAGACACGUUGCAUCUGGUCUCCUUUGACUUCUCCAUCCAGCAGCAUUUUAAAGAGGGGACUAAAAAGACCCCAAGAGGAUGAGAUCUCAUCACCUGUUAACAAGGUUCGCCGUGUCUCCUUUGCAGAUCCAAUAUAUCAAGCAGGAUUGGCAGAUGACAUUGAUAGGCGGUGUCUUGUUGUCAGGGCCCAUUCUUCAAAUAGUUCUCCCAUAGUCAAAAGUGUUAAAACUUCACCUACUGCACAAUCUAAGCAUAAUACCACUUCAAGCAAAGGAUUUCUGUCCCCAGGAUCACGUAGCCCUAAAUUUAAGAGCUCAAAGAAAUGCUUAAUUGCAGAAAUGGCUAAAGAAUCUGGAGUAUGCCCAACAGAAAGUGUUUACCCAGCUUUGGUGAACUGUGUGGCACCAGUCGAUAUCAUUUUACCUCAGAUUACAUCAAACAUGUGGGCAAGAGGACUGGGACAACUCAUUAGAGCCAAGAACAUAAGAACGAUUGGUGAUCUGAGUACUCUUACGGCAUCUGAAAUAAAAACGCUUCCGAUCCGUUCUCCAAAAGUGUCCAACGUAAAAAAGGCUCUCAGACUAUAUCAUGAGCAGCAGGUGAAGUCUCGUGGACUAGAAGAGAUUCCAGUUUUUGAUAUUUCUGAAAAAACAAUAAAUGGAUUAGAAAAAUCUCUCUCUUCUGAUGAAGAAAGACUUGUCUCAGACUUGAUUGAUCCUGUUGCUUUAGAAACUCCGUUAUCUAAAAACCUGGUGGCACAGAUCAGUGCACUUGCUCUUCAGCUGGAAUCAGAAGAUCUCCAUAAUUAUUCAGGAAGCCAGCUAUUUGAAAUGCACGAGAAACUUGGUAGCAUGGCCAGCUCUAUAAUGAGAAAUCUGCAGUCACGUUGGAGGUCACCAGCCCAUGAAAAUUCUGUGUAGUGUUUUAAGAGAAAA